CUCGGGUGCGCGCGCGGGUGCGCAAGCUUGCGGGGAGGGAAGGCGGCCAGGAGUGGGGCUGCCGCGCCUGUCGCUUCUGCUCCGCCCCCUCCUCCUCCGCCGCCGCUGCAGUCGCGGCCACCCCUGAGGUUCGGAGGGAGGGAACCGUCCCCGCCUGCAGUGCCGCUAGUCCAACCCUCGGGCCCGCAGUGUGAGGAGCUCGCCGCGCGGAGAGCCGAGACGCGGCCGCCCCUCUGCAGGUGCCUGGGAGGAGGCGCCCGGGCCGCCGCAGUCUUCCGAUCCCGCGGACGCGCACUUGUUCCCCGCGCUCCAGAGGGGCAGCCCGGCCGGAGGAGGCCGCUGCAGGGCCGGGCCUCAACAUGAAUCGCAGCCACCGGCACGGGGCGGGCAGCGGCUGCCUGGGCACCAUGGAGGUGAAGAGCAAGUUUGGAGCUGAAUUUCGUCGGUUUUCACUGGAAAGAUCAAAACCUGGAAAAUUUGAGGAGUUUUAUGGAUUAUUGCAACAUGUUCACAAGAUACCCAAUGUUGAAGUUUUGGUUGGCUAUGCAGACAUCCAUGGAGACUUACUACCUAUCAAUAAUGAUGAUAAUUACCACAAAGCUGUUUCUACAGCCAAUCCACUACUUAGGAUUUUUAUACAAAAAAAGGAAGAAGCAGACUACAGUGCCUUCGGUACAGACACAUUGAUAAAGAAGAAGAAUGUUUUAACCAAUGUUUUGCGUCCUGACAACCAUAGGAAAAAGCCACACAUUGUCAUUAGUAUGCCCCAAGACUUCCGACCUGUGUCUUCUAUCAUAGACGUGGAUAUUCUUCCAGAAACCCAUCGUAGGGUUCGUCUUUACAAGUACGGCACUGAGAAACCCUUAGGAUUCUACAUCCGGGAUGGCUCUAGUGUCAGGGUGACACCACAUGGCCUAGAGAAAGUCCCAGGAAUUUUUAUCUCCAGACUUGUUCCUGGAGGUCUGGCUCAAAGCACAGGACUAUUAGCUGUUAAUGAUGAAGUCUUAGAAGUGAAUGGCAUAGAAGUUUCUGGGAAAAGUCUUGAUCAAGUAACAGACAUGAUGAUCGCAAACAGCCGCAACCUUAUCAUAACAGUGAGACCAGCAAACCAGAGGAAUAAUGUCGUUAGGAACAGUCGGACUUCUGGCAGCUCUGGCCAGUCUACUGAUAACAGUCUUCUGGGCUAUCCACAGCAAAUCGAACCAAGCUUCGAGCCAGAGGAUGAAGACAGUGAUGAAGAUGACAUUAUUAUUGAAGGUAAUGGAGUACCACGGCAAAUUCCUAAAGCUGAUCCUAACACAGAAAGCCUGGAAUCAUUAACACAGAUAGAACUCAAUUUUGAGUCUGGACAGAAUGGUUUUAUUCCUUCUAAUGAAGUGAGCUUUGCACCCAUAGCGAGUGGUACAAACACAGAAUUUGAAAUGUGUGAUGCAGAUCAAAAACUCUUAGAAGAAGAUGGAACAAUCAUAACACUAUGAGACUUGUUUUCGAGUGAGGAUGCCAUGGGAAGGACUUUUACAUUUGGUUAGUUUAAAGCGUAUAUACCUCUGAACUGGUAACCUGGUAUAGGCAUGAAAAAAAGUGUUCAUGCAAGCUUAAAAGCAUAUCAAAACUGUGCUUUGGUAAUUGGCAACAUAAACUGUGGUGGGUCAGAGGUGAGUCUUAAGUCAAAAGGGACAUUUGCUGGUGAAAUUUUUUGCUUUUGCUAUUUUGUCUAUAGAGAACUGAACUUUAGAACACAUUCUUAGAACUGCAUAAGAGGACUAGACCAUGUCUGUACAGAGUCGUUGCAUAUCUGACCGGUGCAGAGCCCAGUUAAUUUUUCCUUUCUCUAUUUCUUUCUUGGGGACCUCAACUCUCAUGCUUCCUUUAUUUUAUUUUGAUUUUUUAAUGUUAUUCAUCACAUGCUAAUUGUAACAAUUUCUCAAAUACAUUUUUUAAUUCCUAAGAAGUUACACCAGUUAACUGUUUUUAGGAGUAGUUUUCUGUGUUGAUAAGGAUUUAAUAGUUGUUUUAUCCAUCAUGUAGCUCUCAUAUUUACUAACUCAUGCGUGUGGCUAUGGCUUUUUUUCAAAGCAGUUUCAUUGUAAUGUGGGAGGCUCUCCCAUAACCUGGUUGUGUCCUCAUUUUUUAUUUUAGAUAACUUCUAUUUAUUUACUUUUUAUUAUUAUUUUUUUUUACCAGAGCCCUGCUCAGCUCUGGCAUUUGGUGGUCUGUGGACAACUGAGCCUAGGACCUUGGGGCCUCAGCCAUGAAUAGCAUAACCACUUUGUUACUCCUCAGUUUUUUUGUUUGUUUGUUUGUUUUGUUUUUAUUUUGACCAGAACAGCUAACUUACAGGAUUGAACCUGAGAUCUCUGAGCCUCAGGCACGAAAGUCUAUUGCAUGAACUUUGUGCUAUCUCCCUGGUCCUUGUCCUCAUUUCAGAUUUCACUGGAAGAGUGAGUGAGUGUGUGUGUGUGUGUGUUUCUCAGAUCUUUUAAUGGAUUAGAAUAGUGUGAAUCACUUUUUUUGAUAAAAAAGCACCCAAAUUUUAAGAGGCAAGUAAGGACAAAUGUGCACUUUUUUAUACAAAAGAUUCAAGUUUUCCUUUGUGGGAUUUCUAGGAAUACUGCCUACUUUAUAAAAAAAUAGUAAGUAGUAGUAUUCACCUUUAUCACUGUUAAUUUUAUGAAGCUAUUUAUUACUUUCCAGUGCAUCCAUAGAACAAAAGGCUGCUAAUUUUCAUUCCUUGCUUGGUUUUGUUGUACAAUAGGCACAAGCUCAGUGAAAUGUUUGUAUAUAGAAACUAAGAGUAAUAUGAAGCACAUACAUUCCCUGUGGCUUAUGGAUAUUUCUCUCAGUUAUUUAUUAAUUAAUUUUAUUGUAGGGCUAAUAACAUACCUUUAAAACAAGUGUGUGCUAUUAAAACAAUGAAGAAUCAAAUGACUCCGUUCUGAAGGAUAUUCUCUAUAUGCUAAGAAUAUAUGAAGUAAAGUCUUGAUUAACUGAAGAUCACUUGACUCAAUACUUAAAUGUAUUUUGUUCACAUUACCACUAGACAUAUUAUCACUAAACUUAUUAACUGCACAUUAUGUCGUGCAAUGUAUUUUUUUGUUGUUGAAUUCACUGAAGUUCUUCCAUAUUUAUAUACUGCUUUCUAAUGGCAUUCCAGCUUUACAUUCUGUGAGAUUUAUGAAUCUGACUCUUGAAUGACAAUGUAAAUGUGUAGAAAGUCAAAUCUCAUUUAUAUUUUAGGUGGUGCAGGGGUUCAGCAUUUUAAGUAAAAACACUUUAACAUCUACCUCUAUCUUUCUCUUUUUUUAAACAAAGUUUUAACAUCAGAACUUUUAGGGGGGAGUACUUCAGGGCUUGAUUUUUUUUUUUUGUACAAAUUUUAAACUGUAAAGGGCAGAUUUAUAUUGUAUGUAUUCAUGAAAAUAGAAAUCGAAGCUGCUAAUAUUUUAUUUUAAUUAUCUUUCCAAGGGUGUGUCAAUGAUGUUUUCAUCUAAACCUUGAUUAAAUUAUUGGUGAAGUAAUUGAUUACUAGACACAAAACCAAUAGCUCUUGGCUUUACGAUAAAAUGUCAACUCAUUGGUAGUCUGAAUUAAGUGUACCUUAUGAACAGAAAUAUCAGUGGAUUCAGCAUAUUAUUUUAAGUGUACCUUAUUAACAAAAUCAGUGGAUUCAGCAUAACAUUUUAUAGUAACAAUGUCAAGCCUAACUGUGAAUUUUGUUCUGUAUCUUAAGUAAAUUUAUGAUAAUGUUCUCAUGAGCUAUCAACAAAAUAUAUGUACUUUUGUGAACUAUGAAUUUUCUAAUUAAAUUUUACAUGCGAUAACAUGAUUUUUACAUGAAUGAUACUUUGUUUAAACGAUCAGAUGUCAGUAUUUUACUACAAUUUUAUUAUAAAUUGUACAUUAUCACUAAUGAACUUUGAUUUUAAAAAUCAAAUUAGGGUUAGUUGUAUAUUAUUUUUUACAAAUAAAAAUAGACUUGUCUAAAGGCU